CUAUUCCAAAUAUUGCUAGCGAGGUUCGUGUGAAAACGCCUUCGACCACUGGGACUUGGCUGCUAAAGCCAGAGUAAGCGAAAUCGCCGCCAAGAGCCGUCCUCCUUGAAGGGCAAUCCUACUUUUCUUGGAUCACUGGUACAAGGAACGCAUCCCGCGUAUCUGAGGCGUUCUGGAGGCGAUUCCCGUCCGGAAGGUGGGUUUUACGGCAAAUUCCUCUCUAACGCCUCGGAUUUGGGGGGUGAUUCCUGAGCGGCGAUUUCUUUUGGGUGGAGUCCCUGGUUGAGAUUGAUGGGAAGGAAGAUGUUCUGUUGAGGACCAGCGAACAGAUCGUAUUGCUUGCUUCCGCGACUUGAUGUUCGUCGGUCUCGCCAUCGGACGUUGGAUUUGCAAAGACUAAAAGAAGGUCAGGGCUUUCAAUUUAAGAAGGCAAAUUAAGAGAGGACAGAUGUUGAGAACUCAAACGUGGGCUUAGAUGAGAUGAGGGAUGUUUGCGAAAUUGAUGAACCUAUUGAAGGCCUGCUGGCGGCCAUCAUCACACAAAUAUGCCCACACAGGCUCUGAUGUGGUUGGUUGGCAGGAUGGGCUUCUCUGGUACAAGGACAGCGGGCAGCAUGUUUACGGUGAGUUCUCCAUGGCUGUGGUACAAGCUAACAACUUGCUUGAAGACCAGAGCCAGAUCGAGUCAGGACCUUUGAGCUCACUUGAAUUUGGACCAUACGGGACUUUUGUUGGGGUUUAUGAUGGGCAUGGUGGUCCAGAGACUUCCCGUUAUGUCAAUGAUCAUAUCUUCCAGCACCUAAAGAGAUUUGCAACAGAGCAGGAGUUGAUGUCGGCUGAUGUAAUACGAAAGGCAUACCAAGCAACUGAGGAAGGAUUUACCUCCCUGGUGACCAAACAAUGGCCUGUAAAACCUCAGAUUGCAGCUGUCGGCACGUGUUGUCUGGUUGGUGUAAUCUGUGGUGGUAUGCUACAUAUAGCUAAUCUUGGGGACUCCCGUGUUGUUUUAGGGAGAGUUGUCAAAGCAACUGGAGAAGUUUUGGCUGUGCAAUUGUCAGUUGAGCACAACGUAGGAAUUGAGUCUGUGCGACGAGAGUUGCAGUCAAUGCAUCCCGAUGAUAAACAAAUUGUUGUUAUGAAGCAUAAUGUUUGGCGUGUGAAGGGCCUAAUCCAGAUCUCCAGGUCAAUUGGUGAUGUGUACCUAAAGAAGGCAGAAUUUAAUCGUGAACCAUUGCAUGUGAAAUUUAGACUUCGUGAACCUUUCAAGAAGCCUAUACUGAGCUCAGUGCCAUCAAUUACUGUACAACCACUACAACCUCAAGAUCAGUUCCUUAUAUUUGCAUCUGAUGGCCUUUGGGAGCAUCUUAAUAAUCAAGAAGCUGUUAAUAUUGUUCAAAAGAAUUCUCACAGUGGAAGUGCUCGAAGGCUUGUAAAAGCUGCCCUUCAAGAAGCAGCCAAGAAACGGGAAAUGAGGUACUCUGAUCUCAAGAAGAUUGAUCGUGGAGUACGUCGGCAUUUCCACGAUGACAUAACUGUUAUCGUCGUGUUCCUUGACUCCAAUCUUGUUAGCAGAGCCAACUCACUCAGGGGCCCCUCUCUGUCAGUGAGAGGGGGUGGUAUUAAUGUGCCACACAAAUCUCUUGCUCCUUGGACAACUCCAACAGAGGCAUCAGCAGUGGACCUCCAGCACGAUGGCAUUCACUCUGAAUAAUUUUCCUUAUCAUGGACCUCAUGCCUCUUUCUUUGAUCCACUUGGUCUUCAGAAUAUGCCAGAACAGGGCCUUUCCUGGUGAUCGAACUCCCUGAUGUUGUCACUAACCGAUAACUGCUAGCAGAGCAGAAUCUUGAGUAACUUAUCCUUCAUCCAUCAGGACAGAUAGGAGGUGUCCAGUGAGGUGAUUUCUUACUGCACACAUGGAUUGGUUAUAUGUCAUGAGAAACAGUAGGUGCAUGUGUUGUAUGAACUGCAGCUGAAUUGUUUUUCAUCUAUAUAUAAGAAAAACAUGGGGAGGUGAUAUGAACAAGUAAAGAACCAUGUAUUUCAAGUGUUCCUGUGUUUACAUAUAAACUAACUAUGCUAUCAUUCUUCA